AUGAGAUUAACAGGUCUCGCUUUCACUGCUCUGGACAACCCUCUACACAUUGUAACGGCAAGAAUAUUGGAAUACCUUCAUGGAGAUACGGUGUUGUUCUGGAAUAACGAGAGCGAAAAAUUAGAAAGAUACCAGCAGCAGUACUGGCAACCAGUAAUCGAUCAUGCUAACAAGGGUCUCGGCACAUCGUUCAAACCGUCUAAAAAUUUACUUGAUUCUGACGUGGUUUCCUCGAGGGAUUCACGCGUUGUGGAGAAAUGGCUCAAGUCAUACAAUCUGUGGGCGCUGAUUGGCAUGCAGUAUGCCGUUGAAUCGUUGAAAAGCGUACUGCUACCGUAUUCUGUAGUUACAUUUCAAAUGGGGGCCAAAGAAGCCAUUCACUGUGCCACACUAGAGCAAAGAACUCAAGCGGAAACUUGGGGAUCGGUUGAGUGGGCACAUGAAGUUGAACAAGAGGAUCUGACGUCACGUAUCGCCGCUGCUGCUCUAUUUGUGUAUUUUACUAGCAAUAAUAUUACAAAGACCACGUUAUAG